AUGGCUCAGCUUGCACGAAGCAAGCCAGCCGCUGCUUUGCUCGCGCUCGCGACGCACUAUGUACUUCACAAUGGCGAAUGGGACAAUUCCUUUCACGUAUUCUUAGGUAUCUGGACAGUCGGCUUCACUGGGUUGGCAGUUUCUCAGUAUGCUUACGAUCCCCGAUUACACGGUAUUAUUGCUGCUGCAAAGAUCAGUGCGGCUUUUGCAGCUGUGUACUUCGGGGUCUUGAUGGCGAGCAUCUUUAUUCACCGAGCGUUCUUCCACCGUCUUCGAAACAUUCCGGGUCCGUUCUUCGCGCGCAUUUCCAAGUUUUACAGCGUUUUCGCGGGCGUGCUCCCAGACUACCAAUACUAUAAGAAGAGUGAAGAGCUACACAAGACAUACAAGACUGACGUGAUUCGGACUGGCCCACGCGAAGUAACUGUGUACUGCACAGAUGCUAUUCCACUCAUCCACGGCCCAAUGUCGAGGUGCCGCAAAGGCCCAUGGUACUCUGGCUCUUCACAUAUUGGCGGCACAUCUACACAAACCACACGCAAUAAGGACGAGCAUAAGCGUAGACGCAAGGCUUGGGACCACGCAUUCAACGCCAAAGCACUUCGCGAAUACGAGCCCCGUCUGAACAGGCAUGCGCUAGCCCUGAUGUCACAGCUGAAAGAGCAGGCCAAAAGUCCUUCAGUUCGCUUUACGAACUGGGCAAAUUUUUACAGCUUCGAUGUAAUGGGCGAUGUUGGCUUCAGUCGCAGCUUCGGCAUGGUUGAAAAGGGCGAAGAAGAUGAAAUGAUCAAGCUCCUUCACGAAAGCAUGUCGCCGCUCAGCAUCUUCGGACACCUAAACUGGGGUCUGAAUCUGGCUACACGCACUGCAGCCGGGGCGAAGGCACUAAUUGAUCAUAUUGACUGGACAUCUAAAGUUAUGGAAGAGAGGGCAAAGGUGAGUAUCUCUGGGCUGACUAUUCGCAAGAUCACGCCCAAGGAGAACGACGUCUUCACUUGGCUCCUUGACCCAAACGCCACGAGAGUGUCACCAGAACUGAACGCGGAUUCGCGCUUGCUGGUAGUAGCUGGAAGUGACACGACCGCGGCAACACUUGCAUGGAUCGCCUGCGAGCUCUGCAAACAACCCGAGAUUCAAGCCAAGCUCCGCAAGGAAAUCGAUGCCAUCACACCCUCCAAAUCCUUUCUCGAAGUUGAAGACGUAGCUAACUGCGCUUUCCUCGACGGCGUCAUCAACGAAGCUCUCCGCCUACAUCCAGCCGUACCCUCCGGCGUCCAACGCGAAACCCCACCCGAAGGCAUAACCCUCCCCAACGGUACCUAUAUCCCCGGCAACAUCAUCAUCUGGAUGCCCAUCCACUGCAUCCAGCGGGACCCGCGAUACUUCGCGCAACCCCUAACCUUCCUACCCGAGCGCUGGACAGACGAGCAGCCCGAAGCCGUCAUCGAGAAACGCGCAUUCAUGCCCUUCAGCACAGGCAUUUACAACUGCGUCGGCCAGAAACUUGCCAUGAUGGAGUUGCGCAGCGUGACGGCGAAUUUGAUCAAGUUGUUUGAGGUGGAGUUUGCGGAGGGAGAGGAUGGAAAGGAGAUCUUGGAGAAGAGUAGGGAUUGCUUUACGACGAAUGUGGGGAAGUUGGAUGUUCGGUUGAAGCCGAGAUAUAAGGCAUGA